AUGAAGGAGCGGCACCUGCCGCCCAAGUAUGUAGCGGCAGCGUUUAAUCGACGUUUCCCUGACGCCCCGAUAUGCCGGCCCGCAGACAGCCCGGAGAAGCGCGCCGCUGCGGCGAUGAAAGCGGCGAAAGUGACACCAGCGAUGAGAACCCGGGUCGAGAAGGGAGAGAUCAUGGAUGUGUUUUUGAAGGAGCCGGCCAUGGCCGUUUUCGCGACGACACAAGUUGUGUUCGCUCUCUACGUGCACGAGGUGGUCUUCUUCGUGUUCGACGCAGAUAGGAUAUACCUGGAGAGGUUCAAUCGCAAGUUGAUGCAUUCUUGGUUGAAGGAAGAUCGAGGUUUUUGACUGUUUGCAGAUUGCGGGCCUUGUUUGAAGGAGGCUUGACGUUUUGUUUCUGAAGAUGGGUUUCGUGGAAAACCGGUUGUGUUUGAUUUGUUCUUCAGCAGAAACAGGAUGUUUGUGGUUUUGAUUUGGUGGUGGAUCGCGCUUGGUUGAUCCCAAAAGAGGGAGAACGUACCUGUCUGAUGAAGUUUUGAUGCGGAAUGCAGUUAGGCAGGGAGGGCGUUGCCCGUACAUGUGUGUGAUACACGAAUCAGUGUUGGUGCUGCACAAGGAUCUUGUUUCAUCAUUCAAGAAGGAUUUUGCCAGGAGCGUACCUCGUGGUUGGAGAGUAGAGCGUUGCUUAGAAAACCGUAAUCCGCAUGUUCGGUGUAAGUCGCUUUUGUUUUGAUCUUGCAGUACAGCCGUUGGAAUCAUAGAUGACAUGGACGGUUCGUUUGAUUUUGUUUGAGGCGUUGGACUUCGAGGGGUUUUGAUCCGGCGCCCGGGUUUCCCCUUGGUUUUAUUUUCCUCGUUGUGUUUCAGCUAUUUUGGCAUAGUUCCGACGCACGAGUGGUUCUUCGAUGGUGCAAAGAACCAGGGAGGGUGUUCGUA